AUGUCAUCAGCAGCAUCUCCAGAGGUCGCCUUUGUCGGCCUCGGCAACAUGGGCGCAGGCAUGAGCGCCUCCCUAGCCAAGAAGGGCAUCUCUGUCACCGGCUUCGACUUGCGACCCGAACCGGUCGAAGUCCUUGUCAAAGCUGGUGGAAAGGGUGCAAAGUCUGCAGCCGAGGCGGCUAAAGGGAAGAGUGUCUUGGUGAUCAUGACUAUCAAUGAUGCGCAGGCCAAGGCCAUUCUCUUCAACGCUGGAACCCUCGAGGCUCUAGCCGAAGGGGCAGUCGUGGUCCUUACUUCUACUAUCAGCCCAGAUGCAGCCAACGCCCUUUCUGAAGCAGUAUUUAAGGCACGAAGCGACGUUGGCUUCGUGGACGCCCCCGUGUCUGGAGGUACUCCAGGAGCAGAGAACGGCACACUCACGAUCAUGGCUUCGGGUGCAAAAGCACACUACGACAAAGCAAAGCCUGUUCUAGACGCAAUGGGCACCAAGGUAUUCCACGUCGGCGAACGUCCAGGUCAGGGCUGUAGUAUGAAGGCAAUGAACCAGAUCCUGUGCGGUGUUCACCUUGUCGCUGCUGCCGAGGCCCUUUCCUUCGCCAAGGCCACUGGAAUCGACCCUGAACUUGCAUUGGAGAUCGUCAAGGGCUCCGCAGCGGGCAGCUGGAUGCUGUCGAACCGGGCUCAUCGCAUGCUCGAGGAGGAACCGACCUGCUAUAGCUCCGUGCAGACUUGGGCAAAGGACUUUGGUAUUGUUUUAGACGCCGCACGACAGACGGGAGCCCAUCUGCCAUUGUCUGCCAUAGCUGGGCAAAUGUGGUACUCUGCCAUGGCGAGGGGUCAGGCGGUGCUCGAUGACACGACGAUCAUCCGCCAGUACGAUUUCCUCAACGGGAACGAUCUGAAGGACAAGCAGAAGAAGUAG